UUUCGUUUCGCUUUCUCUUUUUGUCGACGUCUUUCUCCAUUACUAUUACCACCUACGAGUAUGGUCAAACUUUUUGUUUUGCUUUCAACUUUAGCCAUUGCUGUUAGAGCACAAGUGCAAUCGCCCACCUCUCUUUUCAAUGUUACAUCGCCCAGUCCCAACGCAAUUUAUGUGGCGAGCAGAAUUCUUCCUUGUAUCUACGAUAUUUCAUCUGAAGCAACAGCCGAUAAACUUCAAUUGUCGAUUUAUUUAAUGGGUACAAAUACAUCACAGCAAAUCACUGCUUCAGCUGAUAUCUCUCAAGGAUUCAGUUUUAAAAAGGACAUUAGUGAUGGUGUCGUCGCCUAUGAGCAUCAAAUCAAUUAUAAUAUACCCACCACGACAGCUGCAGGAUCUUAUCAGGUUGUUUAUGUUGACAAUGUUUCUCAAACCAACGUAUCUAUUCCUAUAACUAUUCGAGCUGCACCUACUCCUUCGCCUUCGGCAUCCGUAGGCUCAGGAACAUCUGCAGCCGGCUCUUCAGCACAAGCUUCUCCUACCAGUUCUGGAAGCAUUUUCAAAGACAUAAAUGCAGCACCUAGUUCGCUUGUGGUUUUUAGUCCUGCUACACUUAGCCUUGCUCUUCUUGCUUCCAUUAUCCUCAUUUCUGUAAACUUUUGAGUGGGGUGAACUGCUUGUUUGGCUCAUAAAAAAAACCAAAAAAACUUUCCGCAUAGUAAAAAUUUAUAUAUUCAUAUACCAAUACUUAUUGCGAGUCUAAUUCAAUGCUUUACAUACACUUUUCUUGUUUAAUAAAGUAAGCAACUAUUUAUAGUAGACGC